AUGGUCAAUUUAACUAAAUGGAUAGAAGAAAUUCCAGAUGAUUCACGAAUCUCCAAGCUUUCGAUCCCCGGAACUCACAAUAGUUUUGCUAAUGGUAGUAAUCUCCCACUGGUUCAAUGUCAAGGUGCCAGUGUUACAAAGCAAUUGGAGCAUGGAAUUAGAUUUCUAGAUGUAAGAGCUGGUAGAUUAUUUACUGGUGAUACUCAAACUGAUGGAUUACAAGUGGUUCAUUCAAAAUUUCCAGUUAAGAUUCCAUUUCCUUUGAAACUAAAAGAUGCUCUAGAAGAAGUGUAUGAAUUUCUCUCUAGAAACCCAAGCGAAACUGUUAUUGUUUCCAUAAAACAAGAAGGUAGUGAUGAUUGGGAUAACAAGAAUGAUGAAUUUGGUAAAGUAAUUUGGAAUCAAUACGUUAAUCCAAACAAAAAUAAGUGGUAUUUAGGCACAGACAUACCAAGGCUUGGGGAUGCAAGAGGUAAAGUUAUAUUAUUCAGAAGAUUCGGAGUGCAGGAUGAUAAUUUAAGAAGUCAAUUUGGUUUUGAUGCACCAUUUUGGACUUAUAAUACUACUGAUGAUGAUAGAGGUCAUGUUUGUGCUCAAGAUUUUUGUGAAAUUACUUCAGAAAAUUUAAAUGACAAAGUUAGAUAUGUCAAAGAUUUUGCUCAAAAAGCUCAAAAUUAUAAUAAUACAAAUGAUGAUAAGUUAUUUGUUAAUUUCACUUCUGGUUCUAAUUUCUUUGAUAAAAAUUGUUGGCCAGAACCUGUUUCCAAAGCAAUGAUUGAGGGUAGAAUUGAUGAAUGUUUCCAUAAAGGUAGUGGUAUAAUUGUCUUAGAUUAUGCUGAAUCAAAUGAUUGGAAAUUAGUUAAAGAAUUAGUUGAAUCUAAUUUUUAA